UUGGUGACGGUCUCUCCGGCCUCCGCAGUGUCGAAUGAUUUCAUUAUAUAAUUAGCGUUUCCCAGGGCCAGACCCGGACACAUGGAAAUUGGAGCCACGGCUGUAGGGCGUCGGAGAUAUCACGGCCCUGCGAUCAGGAGGAAUAACCAUCGCCGAUUAUUACGCCCCCAGGCGCUCGUUCCAAUAGCUCGCCAAACUACUUAUGCACCAGAUCCUGCCGCAGAUAGGCCAUGGCAACCAUGCACUAUCUGUCAUGGCUGCAGCAGAGACCCGAGGGAUCGACGCGUCCUGAGCCAAACCGAACCGGGGAACUCGGUGCAGGGGAAUUUGGGAAGGGGGUCGUGCACUUUCUGGCGAGAGUCGAGAACUCGGGCUCCAUCGUAAGACUAAUCAGUAAUUCCAUCAUCCAAUGGCCUAACUGUCUAAGAGUCACCACUCACCAGCCCGUCUGGAUGGAACCUCGCCAUCGAGUUGCCGCGGAAGUUGUUCUUCCGGCUGGGACACCGACCCGUGCCUUAGCGUGCCCUAACCAGCCGCCAAGAGCCGCGAUAGGGGAUUUUGACUUUCGCUUGCUUUGCAAUAGUGGAGCCCCUGAUCGCGUCCUUCCAAUUAUUUCCUGGUCGAUGUGAUGGCUCACAUUGUUCAACUUAUCUGCGUAUGUUUGGUGAAGAUUACGCCUC